CAAAGUUUUCCCGUAUUAGUCGCACACAGGUGUCGGACGACGGCGCUAGCUUUUUUUGCGUGGCUCGGUCUCAUUGUUGUAUCUAUUUUUAGCCUACGACAAUAUUGUUAAACAAAUUACGCUGUGUUCAAUUUUUAUAAGGCACGCAUUUAAUUCUUCGCGUAUUUGUGUUUGUAUGUUGUUAUACAACACUAACAAGCCAAUGCAGACGCCGGCAGCAUAGAAAAAGUGGCAAUAAUUACCGCUCAUUAUUUUGCAACGCACACAGGUUUAUUGUACGCGACCAUACUGAGUGAAGUUUAAUUGUUAACAACAACAACAAAAAAGAAAACAGUGCUUCAUAAAAAUGCCAAAUGUUAAUCAUGCAGAGGCUGAACAUUUGAACCCGGUGUUUAAGGUUGAAAUAGCGCCUCAACAGACGGAAACAAAUCAGAAACCACCAUGGAGCAAACUGCUAUUGCUGAUUGCCUUUGCCACGACCCUGGGAGCUGCAGUUCCCACUGGCUAUUGCAUAGGCGUUAUCAACGCUCCCGCAACGCUUAUGAAAGCGUGGUGUAAUCAAACCAUAUAUGAGAAAUAUGGCAGCUCGUUGAGCCCUAGCGGAUUAGAUAUACUCUGGUCAUCUAUAGUGUCAAUUUUCCUGGUUGGCGGCGCUAUUGGAUCGCUGGGUGGCGCUGGAUUGGCUAAUAAAUUUGGCAGAAAAGUAUGCUUGUUCAUCUGCGCUGGAUUGUUCGUCAUUGGAGCGGUGCUCUUCUUCUUCUGUCGCUCCGCAUCCUCCGUAGAGAUGCUCAUCCUGGGUCGCCUGAUUGUGGGUCUCUCCUCGGGCCUCGUCACCGCCACUCUGCCCAUGUAUUUGUCUGAACUGGCGCCGGCAGCACAGCGUGGAACCUUGGGCGUCUUCUGUGGCGUCGGCGUCACUGGCGGCGUUGUUGUGGCCCAAGUCUGCAGCUUGUCAGAUGUCUUUGGCACCGAGAAGCUUUGGCAUUAUGCGUUGGCUGCCUACUUGGUGCUCGUCAUUGUCUGCUAUCUGCCAUCGUUUGUCUUCCCUGAGAGUCCCAAGUAUCUGUAUGUGAUGAAGGGCGAUUCCUCGGCAGCUCGCCGGGAACUGAUGCGACUGCGUGGCAAGAGUGCGGCCAAGCUGAUUGAGCAGGAGAUUGCCGAAAUGGAGGCGGAGUCGAAUGAUAAUAGCCAAGCCAGUGGCUUCUGUGAUGUGCUACGUGACCCGCGCCUUCUCAUGCCGCUCAUCAUAGUCUGCGCCUUCCAAGGCGGCCAGCAGUUGUCGGGUAUUAAUGCGAUCUUCUACUACUCGGUGUCCAUCUUCACCAAGGCGGGCUUCAGCGAUAGCGAUGCAGAGUGGGCCAACUUAGGCGCUGGAGGCCUGAAUUUGGUCAUUUCGCUGCUGGGACCGCUCUUGAUGGCCACCUGCAGACGUCGCACACUCAUGAUGUUAUCCAGCGCACUUUGUGCACUAUUCCUGUUCUGCAUUGCCUUUGUGCUGAACUAUAUUGAAUCUGUCAGCUGGUUCGCCUGGGCCUGCAUCGUUUGCAUCAUGGGCUAUAUAUUCUUUUAUCAAUUCGGUCUCGGUCCCAUUCCCUACUUCAUUGGCUCAGAAUUGUUUGAGGUGGCUCCACGCUCUGUGGCCAUGUCAAUGGGCAGUCUGGCGUCAUGGACAUGCAAUUUCAUUAUUGGCAUGGCGUUCCCCAGUCUGCAGAGCGCAAUAGGCGCCUUUGUCUUUCUGCCCUUCUCGAUUACAUGCGUUUUACUUUUCCUGCUAACGAAAUUCUACCUGCCGGAAACGUUGGGCCGAGAUCCUUCUGACGUUGCGCCCCUCGUUGCCAAGGGCUUCCGUUCCAAGAUCAAAUAGAGCAUAGAGAGCGCACACACUCAGGGCAUCAGGGAACUUAGUUGUAAUUUAAAAUUAAGCUCAUUGUUGUUAUUAUAACUAAUUGAUAAGCUUGAAAGUGCCUGUAAAAGAGACAAUAAGUUGCUCAAUCAAAUCAAAAUGUUGUGUGCAUGCUGUAAAUGCCUUUUCUAUGUAGUUAAUGGUUAAUUGUAAUUGUCAUAACUAUGAUAAGAGCACCCUGUAUAUCGUGCAGACAGCCAAAGUAAAGGUGAUGGCACAAUUCUUAUCGCUGCACAAGUUCAAGUUAAUUGCCUUGAGAAAGACUGUAGUUACUUUGCUAAUUAAAUUUAUUGUGCUUAACCACACAAGAUAUUGAGUUGAAGAGAGGGAUAUAAAUAGGCUAUAUAAUACUCAGCUCUAAUUCAGCAGAGGCAAACUUUAAACAUAAUUGCAAUGUACUUAUAACGAGAAAUAAAUAAGACAACAAAUCAAACAAAAUAUAA